AUGUUGGUGUCAGGAGUUCACAACUGGCUGUGCCUCCUUAUCAUCACAGCUGUGACUCUCGUGGGGAUGACUGGAAAUGGGUUCAUUUUUAUUUCAGACUGCUGUGAUCGGAUCCGAAGCAAAACACAGACGGGUUCAGAUCUUCUGUUGAUGUCCCUCAGCCUAACCCGGUUUAUUUUCCUUGGAAUCACACUCGGCUUCCAUUGUAUUAGCUUCCUGGAUAUUAAUCAACCCCAAUACGCUGGAAGCAUCACCAUUUUCUUCUGGACUUUUUUCAAUGCCAUCACCUUGUGGAUUACCACCUGCCUUGGAGUCUUUUACUGUGUGAAAAUUGUCAACUUCACUCAGCCCUUUCUCAUGAAAAUGAAGCUGAGGAUUUCCAACGUGGUUCCCCAUUUGCUCAUCGCGGUGAUGCUGGUUUCCUUGAUCUCGGCUCUUCCUUUCUUCUGGAUUGAGGAUCAUACCCGAUUUUAUAACAACACAGAGCGUAUACACGAGAUGAUGCCCCAGAUGUUCCUCUUCAGCAUGCUGUAUAUUCUAGGGACUUUUCCGUCGUUUCUCAUAUUUUUAAUUUCCUCUGGUUUUUUAAUUUACUCCCUUGUGCACCACACAAAGAGGAUGCAGAACAAUUCACUUGGUUUUAGAGAUCAAAGGAUGGACGUUCAUCUGAAGACCACUAAAAUCCUGACCUCUUUCCUUAUCCUCUAUGCCGCAACCUUUGUAGCGGAAAUCUCGAUGACCUUUUCCCCCAGUCCCUGGGCGUCAGUUAUGUCCAACAUGGUGGUUAGUUCAUAUAAUUCAGGACAUACCAUUGCUUUGAUUGUUAUGAAUUCCAAACUAAGAGAACGACUGAGCAAGAUGUUUCAGUGUCUGAGAAAACAGACAUGA